AUGUCUCAAGUUCAAGUGCAAGUUCAGAACCCAUCUGCCGCUCUCUCAGGGAGCCAAAUACUGAACAAGAACCAGUCUCUUCUCUCACAGCCUUUGAUGAGUAUUCCUUCUACUACUAGUUCUCUACCCUCUGAAAAUGCAGGUAGACCUAUUCAAAACUCUGCUUUACCCUCUGCAUCUAUUACAUCCACCAGUGCAGCUGCAGUUCCUUCUAACAUGGCACACCCCAAAGAGAAAACCCCAAUGUGUCUUGUGAAUGAGUUAGCCCGUUUCAACAAGAUUCAACCUGAGUAUAAGCUUUUGCGUGAGCAAGGUCCAGCUCACUGUAAGAAGGCAGCAGAGUGGCAGCAGCGCCGACGGGGACAGUCCUGGAGAAAGGUGUUUACAGUACAGCUAACACUUGGAGAUCAGCACUGGGAAGCUGAAGGAACUAGUAUUAAAAAAGCCCAACACACAGCUGCUGCCAAAGCUUUGGAAGGAACAAAAUUUCCUAAACCUAUAGUCCGCCCUUUUCGUAGCGAAGGAAGGAAUCCAGAAAGCAUAACCCCUACUGUAGAGCUAAAUGCACUGUGCAUGAAACUUGGAAAAAAACCAAUGUAUAAGCCUGUCGACCCUUACUCUCGGAUGCAGUCCACCUAUAACUACAACAUGAGAGGAGGUGCUUAUCCCCCAAGGUACUUUUACCCAUUUCCAGUGCCACCUUUACUUUAUCAAGUUGAACUUUCUGUGGGAGGACAGCAAUUUAACGGGAAAGGAAAGACGAGACAGGCUGCGAAACACGACGCUGCUGCAAAAGCUUUGAGGACCCUGCAGAACGAGCCCCCACCCGAGAGGCUGGAGGUGAACGGAAGAGAAUCAGAAGAAGAAAAUCUCAAUAAAUCUGAAAUAAGUCAAGUGUUUGAGAUUGCACUUAAACGGAACUUGCCUGUGAAUUUUGAGUCUUUCCCUCUAAAACAGGUUGCCCGGGAGAGUGGCCCACCCCACAUGAAGAGCUUUGUGACCAGGGUGUCGGUUGGGGAGCUUGUGGGGGAAGGUGAAGGGAAGAGCAAGAAGAUUUCAAAGAAAAAUGCUGCUGUAGCUGUUCUGGAGGAGCUGAAGAAGUUGCCGCCCCUGCCUACAGUUGAGCGAGUGAAGCCCAGGAUCAAAAAGAAAACAAAAUGCAUAGUCAGGCUACAGAGCAGCCCGGAGUACGGCCAGGGGAUGAACCCGAUUAGCAGACUGGCCCAGAUCCAGCAGGCAAAAAAGGAGAAGGAGCCAGAGUACCUCCUCCUCACUGAGCGAGGCCUCCCGCGCCGCAGGGAGUUUGUGAUGCAGGUGAAGGUGGGAAACCACACUGCAGAAGGAUCAGGCACCAAUAAGAAGGUGGCCAAACGCAAUGCAGCCGAGAACAUGCUGGAAAUCCUUGGUUUCAAAGUCCCACAGGCUCAGCCCACCAAACCAGCCCUCAAAUCAGAAGAGAAGACACCCAUAAAGAAACCAGGGGAUGGAAGAAAAGUAACGUUUUUUGAACCUGGCUCUGGGGAUGAAAAUGGGACUAGCAAUAAAGAGGAUGAGUUCAGGAUGCCUUAUCUUAGUCAUCAGCAGCUGCCUGCUGGAAUUCUUCCCAUGGUGCCUGAGGUUGCCCAGGCCGUAGGAGUCAGUCAAGGGCAUCACACCAGAGAGUUCACCAGGGUAGCUCCGAACCCUGCCAAGGCCACGGUAACUGCCAUGAUAGCCCGUGAAUUGUUGUAUGGGGGCACCUCGCCUACAGCCGAGACCAUUUUAAAGAAUAACAUCUCUUCAGGCCACGUACCCCAUGGACCUCUCACGAGACCCUCAGAGCAGUUGGACUAUCUUUCCAGAGUCCAGGGAUUCCAGGUUGAAUACAAAGACUUCCCCAAAAACAACAAGAACGAAUUUGUAUCUCUUAUCAAUUGCUCCUCUCAGCCGCCCCUAAUCAGCCAUGGUAUCGGAAAGGAUGUGGAGUCCUGCCACGAUAUGGCUGCACUGAACAUUUUAAAGAAAGUUGCUGAGUUGGACCAACAAAAUACAGAGAUGCCAAGAACAGGAAAUGGACCAAUGUCUGUGUGUGGGAGGUGCUGAACCUUAUCUGGCCAUGAACCAUUGAAAAAUCCCAACAUACACACUGAAAAUACUGAAACUGCUUUGAAAAUUUGGAACUUCUGAUACCUCCAGUGGGCCGAGAGACACGAUGGGUAAAGGACUGGAGACAGCAGUGGUGAAGAAGGCGGGGCCCCGAGGAGGCAGCGGCAUGGCCGCUCGCCUGUGCU